AGGUGGCGGUGUGAUGCGUGAGGCCGUUUUUGGCGCGAGAGCGGCUCGCGCAGGCGCACGCUGAUUGGCUGGACGCGCCUCUGGACGGAUGCGUGCGCGAGAGGCAGCGAACUCCUGUGUGCAGGGAAAAAGCCGCCGCCGCCUCAGCCUCUUUAUCCAACACGAAUAAGAAAACAUCGAAAAAUAUCUCAGGGAGCUCUGAAUGGUGUAAUCUCUGCACUUCCUCCAAUAGAGUACCAUAGUAGGAGCCACACAGGUCACAUUUGUUCAUAGGAAAGACAUUCAGAAUCAGCCAUGGGCAAGAAGAACCAGAACCGUGAAGAUGAUGAGGCUGCUUCCUCAGAGGAGGAAGAGUAUGUAGUGGAGAAGGUCAUGGACAGGCGAGUUGUGAAGGGCCGUGUGGAAUAUUUCCUGAAGUGGAAAGGCUUUUCAGACAAACACAACACAUGGGAACCAGAAAAGAACCUGGACUGUCCAGAGCUUAUAUCAGAGUUCAUGAAGACUUAUAAAAAGGGAAGCAGUGGAAGCACACCCAGCAGCAAGCCCUCCAGCACAGGCUCUUCCUCGGCCCGUCCCAAAGACAGUAGCAGUAGCACCAGCAAGAGGAAAAACUCAGAGGAAGAGAACGGGAGUGGCAGCAAACCCAAAAAGAAAAAGGAGGAUGAGAUCCUUGUAGCAAGAGGGUUUGAGCGAGGCCUGGAGCCUGAGAAGAUUAUUGGAGCAACAGACUCCUGUGGAGACCUUAUGUUCCUUAUGAAGUGGAAAGACUCUGACGAGGCAGACCUUGUACUUGCAAAGGAAGCCAAUCACAAGUGCCCACAGAUCGUCAUUGCGUUCUACGAGGAGCGUCUGACCUGGCACGAAGACGGCGACAAGAAGGAAAAGAGUGUCACUCCGGUUUAAAGGACAGAGGGGGGAGGAAAGACGCUGAGUCCUCCAAACCUUGUCCCCUUUGUCACACUGGUGACACUCUCAUAGCCAACCUUAACGGACCAUUUAGUAAAAAAACAGCCAGCGAGCAAUGGAGGUUACUGCCCACCAUGACAACCUCCGUCCACCCUUCAUGAAAAAGCAUCUCUCACCAGACAAACCGAAAGGCCAUGGCGAACAGCGUCUGCAGCAGAGCGGUGGAAUGUGAUCUCUUUUCUCUUACUCUCUCUGAUCUUCCUUCUAUUUUGUCAUAAUUUGUGUAUUUGUGCUCCUACAACUAUGUUCUUAUGAUGUGUUGUGUGCUAGUGUAGAUGUGAAAUGAUGAAAACCUGUACAUGUCUAACUUUUAACUUUUAUUCACACAGUUGAUUUUGUAGCGGUGCUGGACAUGACUGAGAAUAUCAGUUGUGUUUGCGUUUAACAUCUAUAACGCUGGAUAAAGACGUGACACUGUUGGUUUUACUUAAAGCUGUCACCCUCUCUUCAGAUUUCUUUUUUUUUUUUUUAAAUCAGGUAGAAUUAAUUUGGCUGUAUUGCAAUUUUUAACUGUAAUAAUGACCCUUGUGGGCCAGAGUCCUGUGAUUUUUAGUUUUUUGGUUUCUGAUUGUCAGUAAAGCCUCAAAGGAACUAGACAUUAUAAUCGCUUUCCCCAUAUUAAAAUUAGAACAUUGACACAUUCUCUAUCUAAUGUCUUUAGAAAAUUCUCCUACUUUCAGAACAGGCCCUUUUAACCACUCUUACCUUUGAACUUGUCACUGUUGCUUGCAGGAGGGCAGACAAUCUUCAUGUGAGUGUGUAAUGGUACAUUUUUAGCUGUUUGUACACACUUUGUCCAUGAUAUUCAUUUUACUCCACAAGUUUAACUGAUAUACUCCCUCUUGUGGCUGAUUUGAUGAACACAUUCCCUGUUUGACCUCAUGAACUCAGAGCUGUUCUCAUUCACAUGGUAGUUUAAGCAUAUGUUGGGUUCUUAUUACUUUUUUAACCUAGAGUUGACUCAAUAAAAUGGUGUUUAUCAAGGUUA